AAAUAUGUUUUUAUUGUAGUAUCUAUGAUCUACUAGUGUUUACAUUCUCGCCGCUUUUGUUUAUAGCACAGCUGCGUGAUCAAGUGACACGUGUGUUGUGUUGUAACGUGUACGGUAGUGAUAUGCGAUGGAUUUGUUCUCAGUGUUAUUUUUCAUCAAGUUAUUUGUUUCAUUAAGUCUUGGAAUUUUGGCAUGUACAAUUAUUCUGUUGCCACUGGUAUUCUAUGCGGCGAGAAGGUUCCCCGAGUGUGGAGACGUCUUGCAGCCACCAGCACCGGCGUGUGGUUGGUUGGUUGGUGGCAGCACCUGCACAAGAAGAGGAGCGCGGGGGCGGAGCCCGGGGUGAAGAGGGUGGGGGUGUUCCACCCCUACUGCAACGCCGGCGGCGGCGGUGAGAAGGUCCUGUGGUGUGCCGUGCGGGCCAUGCAGCUCAGGUACCCCACGGCGGAGGUGGCCGUGUACACGGGCGACCUGGACUGCUCGCCCGACGAGAUGCUGACCCGUGCCCGCCAGCGCCUCAACACGGCCGUGCCCCGCCCCGUGCGGCUGGUGUACCUGCGGCGCCGGCGCUGGGUCGAGGCGGCCCGCUACCCCUGCUUCACGCUCCUGGGGCAGUCCCUGGGCUCCGUCGUGCUGGGGCUGGAGGCCCUCUUCUCCUACGUGCCGGACCUGUACAUAGACACCAUGGGCUACGCCUUCACGUACCCGCUCUUCAAGUACCUGGGGGGCUGCCGCGUGGCGAGCUACACCCACUACCCCACCAUCACCUCGGACAUGCUGCGCCGCGUGGCAUCCCGCUCGGCGGCCCACAACAACCGCCCGGCCAUCGCGGGCAGCCGCUCGCUCACCCUCGGCAAGAUGCUCUACUACCGCCUCUUCGCGUGGCUGUACAGGCUGGUGGGGCGCUGCGCAGACAUUGUGAUGGUGAACUCGAGCUGGACGGAGGAGCACAUCAACGAGGUGUGGCAGUGCCCGCUGCGCACCCACAGGGUCUACCCCCCGUGCGACGUGAGCGAGCUCAAGGCUCUGCCCCUGCUGUCUGAUGGCGACGCCUCCCCGGCACCUGACGUGGGUGCGGGCAGGACCAGGAGGAGCGGCAAGGUCCGGAUCGUCUCCGUGGGGCAGUUCCGGCCGGAGAAGGACCACCCCAUGCAGCUGCGGUCCAUGUACCAGCUGCGGCAGAUCGUGCCGGAGGAGGUGUGGGACAACCUGACGCUGGUGAUCGUGGGGUCGUGCCGCAACCGCGAGGAUGAGGAGCGCGUGCAGGACAUGAAGGACCUGUGCAAGCACCUGUCCUUGGAGAACAACGUGCAGUUCCGCGUCAACAUCUCCCACCGCGAGCUGCGGCAGGAGCUGCAGCAGGGGCUGGUGGGGCUGCACUCCAUGUGGAACGAGCACUUCGGCAUCGGCAUCGUGGAGUGCAUGGCCGCGGGACUCAUCAUGGUGGCGCACCGCUCCGGGGGCCCCCAGAUGGACAUCGUGGAGGAGUCCGAGGGCAGUCGCACGGGCUUCCUGGCCAGCGACGAGGACGAGUACGCCCGCGCCAUCGCCGCCAUCCUCCGCAUGACCCCCGCCGGCCGGCGCGCCAUCCGGGAGGCCGCCAGGGCAUCAGUGGAUCGAUUCUCCAUACACGAGUUUGAGAAAGGUUUCUUGCGUGCGGUUGACCCGUUUUUCAGCAAGAGCUGAUGCACGUAGUGUGGCUUGACUGUUUUUUUUGUUCUGUUUGAGUGUGAUUUUAUUUACGAGCAGUCAAGAAGCCGCUUGCAGCCUUAAUGAAAGUCCAUUGUUUUAGUUCUGGCAAGUUUCAGUGUAUGCAAACUGUCAUUCUUUCAUUCGGCUGUGAUUUCUCUCUGUACCAAGCCAAAGAAGUUGGAAGUAGAAAUACAUAGGACAUUUGCACAAUUAUGUUUCAUAGUCUUGAUUCCUAAUUGAUAAUAUUUUAUUUUCAAUACUGUAAAUGAAUCGACACCAUCUAGAGAUAAAAAUAAAUUUUAAUGAAUUUACUUUCUCAACCUGAAUGUAAACUUAGUCAUGUGAAUUUUAAACUGAAACUAAAACUGUUAUAGUUGUGUUAGAAAAAUUUACAGACUAUUUCUAUUUCUAUUUUUUAUUGCAUAUUUCACUUUGGCGUAAGAAACGUUAAGUAAGUACGCCGUAAUUGAUUAACCCACCCACCACCAAAACCCAAAUCACGGAAAAUUUGUAUUGAGUUCAACUUGUAAAUAAAAUAUGGAAAAACUUUAA